AUGGAGUCCUCGGAGCCUCCUGGGGUGGCAGACCUCGAAGAGUUGGACGACAUCUUGGAGGACGCGCGUGAGCGGCUGCCCAGUGCGCGCUACAAUGCCAAGACGCUUGAGUUUGUGCUGCACCAGAUGGAAAAGAUGGCUCCCGUGCGGGCGUGGGUGGCGCAGGAGGCGGCGCUGGCGGCAGCAGAGGGGAGGGAUGGCUGGAGGCUGGAUGAGGAGUUGAGGCCAGGCUGUGGGGGCGACGCCCAUGGCGGAAAUAAGGACUGCCCACUGGUUUGGUGGCGUCGGCUUAAGGAUGCGCUACGGCGUGGGGAGCGGCUCAUCACACGGCACACAUCACCAGUGCACAGUGGGAAGUUCAGCAGGUUCAGCGUGAUGAGGAAUGAGGCCGAGGGCGUGUGUCGGGAGCUGAAGCGGUGCGUGGCACUGUUCGCAGCAGCCAACCUGCACAAUGAGCCCUACGAACCCAUCAAGACGGUGGUGGACACGAAGUGCGUGGUCGAAGACAAGGUGUACCUGUACUACUACCUUGCCCUGGUCGUCCAGGAACUGAGCGAAAACAAAGAGUGGUUGGGCAGCAAGCCUGGCAAGGUGGUGCAUCGUGAGUGGGAGUCCAUGCGCUCAGAGCACAGGAAACGGCGCCAGCACCUGGCCUGGAUAGACGACAGCACAAUCGAAUCCCUGCAGCGUGAGGGCAAGGUGAUCGACGGUGGCUGUGGCCUCGUUGUGCGCGCCCUCUGGAAAGACGUCCACGUGGUCGUCAAGACCUACAUAGACGUCGCCCGGGAACUGUCCCUGGAGGCCAAGGCCUCAUUCUUCGCCAGCAUUGAGAUCCAACGCUCGAUGGCCUGCGCCCACGUUGUGCGUGUCUUUGCGGUGUCCCCCGCGGGCGUCGUGCUCAUGGAGCAGGCCAAGUGCAAUCUGGCCGGGCUGUACAUGGAUGCAGCGGAGCUGCCGUGGGUGACAAAGUGCCAGCUGCUGCUGGAGGCCGCCAAGGGGCUGAAGUUUGUGCACGAGCGGGGCAUGCUGCACGGUGCCGUGAAGAGCUCCAACUUCCUCAUUUUUGGGAGUGGGCUGGGCGACUUCACCGUUAAGGUCUCGGACUUCGGCAUGGCGGUUGUUAAGUCUGAGCUCCUGUGCAAGAAGACCGCGCUGCAGCACAGCUCAUCGCUUUGGGCUGCACCCGAGGUGCUUGAGGGUGGGAUGGCAACUAUGGCCAGCGAUGUCUUUGGGCUGGGAGUUGUUAUGUUCGAGGUCGUCUCACAGAGGGCUGCCUACCUGAAUGUGGGAUCACCAAAGCUCCUGCUGGGGCAAAAGAAGCGGGGGGAAGAUCCCUGUGCUGUGCCCCAUGAUUGCCCAGAGCAGCUGAUGGACUUGAUGCGGCGGUGUGUGCUGCCAAAUCCCGAAGACCGGCCUUGCAUGGAGAACGUGGUGCUUGUGCUGAAACACAUAUGCCAGAUGUCGACUUGUAGCAGCCGCUCAGUGAGCCGCAGGCGCCGCUUUUAUGUCGUGGAAGCCCCGGCACUGCCAAGUAUGCUCUACGGAUCGAAGUCAUGCACUUCAAGAGCAUCAGACCAGUCGAUGCAGUCCGACAGAAUCCUGGCCGUGUCAAAUGACUCUGGCAUCAAUUUUCGCGACAUCUUCACCAACUCCCGUGACGAUGCGACUUCAGGUGGUGGCUGGAGUGUCAUGAAAAAGGACAAAGGGAAACCUGGAGGGGGAUGCCCGAUGCCCCCGACCAAGUGGGCCGGCCUCCAGACGGACAUUAUCUCGGCCAUCGCCCGGAAGCUGCCCAAGGAAGACCUGCGGAAGCUGCGCCUGGCGAACCGUCACUGGUGCACUGCCCUCUACAGCACUGUUGAGCACAUCGAGGUCUCCCAGGAGGCCUUUGGUAACCUCGGCACCGACUGGGUCAGCAAUCUCGGCAAGUUCCGCCACCUGCGCAGCCUGCGCCUGCCGGCGAUGACUAACCUCGAGUUCGUGGCCCCAGGGUGCCAGUCAGCAUCAUCAUUUCUGUUUCUUCGCACGGAGGAGCUGUCGCCAUUGCACAAUCUACUGAGCCUGGAUCUGCGGUACAGCGAGGUCGAGGACUGGCACCUGAACAGCCUGGAAGACCUCACCAAGCUGACAAAGCUCAACCUGUCGCACUCGCGGAUCACCAAUGCAGGGCUGCGCUCCCUGUCCUCGUUCAAGGCGCUGCAGGACCUGGGGCUGGGCCACACGAUGGUGGGUGACGGCGCGAUGAAGUACAUCGCUGAGCUGUCCAACCUGCACACCCUUGAGCUGGGGUUCACAAAGAUGCGCUACUGGGGCAUGCAAGGCCUGGGCAGGCUUCGCAGGCUGAAGAGCCUGGGGCUGGGCGGGAUCGACCUGUGCGGGCGCGGCGCCGGGCCGCUGUCCAAGCUCACCCACCUGCAAUCCUUGUCUCUCGUUUUUGCAAAGGAUCUGGACAAUGCUGCGAUGAUUUCACUGUCGCGGCUGUCAGAGCUCGAGGUGUUGAACAUGGGGCUGACGGCAGUGGGGGACAAGGGAGUGGCGGCUGUGGCGGGCUUCGCACCGUGGCUCGAGACAUGCGACCUGCGCGGCACAGCUGUUACGGAUGCAGUGGGCCCCUCGCUGGCAUUGAUGACUAACCUCAAGUCACUGCACCUGGGUGACACUGCGGUGGGGGAUGGGAUAGUGGGCCACUUGCGGGGGCUGGAGCGGCUGGAGAGCGUGGUGCUGGCAGGCACACAAGUCGGCUCAGAGGCCGCACAGCAGCUGGUAGAGCUGCCGGCACUGAAGUUGCUGGGGAUGGGGUAG